AUGAAAUUCAAUAUAACCAAAUAAUUUGAAGAAGUACAUAUUUUUCAUAAUUUAGAAUGAUGAUAUACCAUUUAAGAGAUCAAUAGAAACAUUAUAAAUUAAACAGGAUAGCUUUGUUUAAUUUUGUAAUUUUGAUUGGAUUGCUAUACAAAAAGACUCUGAUUUAACACUUUAUAAAGAUGGAUUAUAAAAUGUAUCUCUCAAUUCAUUAUAUUAGGCUAAUGAAAUUGAUCUUACUUAAUUGUUUGGUAAAACACAAUGUGGCAAAGUAUAAAUUUACUUUUUUUAAUUUGCCAAUGAAUAAUUUGAUUAAAAACAAAUGAUCUUAAUUGGAAAUAGUAAUUUAUCCUCUCUAAUUAAAAGAUAUUAUUAUUGGCUAUGACGUAUUAGAAUAAUCAAAAACCUGUAAAAUAUAUAUGAAUGAUGAUUACAAAGUCAAAAGGAAAUUAUAAUUUUCAGAAGUCCAAAUACUUGAAUAAGACUCAAAUUUAUACAUUCUUACAGAUCAUUUCGAUCUAGUUACAUUAAAUCUAUCUAAUAAAGAAAAUAGAUUCAAUUACCAACCUCUAUUAAAGAAAGGAAAUUUUAUCACUAAUUUACUAUUUUAAAAUAAUUUAGAUUUUUAUAUCCCAGGAGCUACUUUUAAGUUUUCAGUCUUUGAAGAUACUCUUCUUAUAGUUUAGAAAACAUCAGGAAAUUAAAUAAAAUCAUAUUAAUGCAGUUUAAACCCUUACAAUUUAAUUGUAUAUAUUUCUAUAAAAUCUUCUAGUCCUAAUCACAAAGAAAUUUUGUUUGUGAUGUAACUAAUUUGAAUUGUUAAGUUACUAUCAAUAAUUUUCAUUUAUUUAAAACUUCUAAAGGAAUUAAUUUAAUAUUUCUAGCUAUCAUUGAAAAUAAAGAUUAAAUUGAUAGACUUAGUUAACUUAAGUUAAUUACUAAAGAGAUGGAAAUAACAGAUCCAAAAACUGAUUUUACUAAUCUAGAUAAACUAAUAUAUGCUGAUUUGAACGAAUUAUAAUUAUAAGGAAAUAAACUUAAUUCAUUUUUCUUUUAAAAUGAUAAAGAUCUUGUUCUCAUAUAUUCAGUAUUAGAUACAAAUUAUUAUCAUAACAAUUUAAAUAAUUUUCUUAAAGAACAUAAACUUUUCAAUGGAAAUCUCUAAAGUGUUGGAAUUUCAGUAAAUAAUGGAUUAUCUUAAUUGAAGGUUUGUUCUAAUGGGAAAAUAUAUAUACUUGAAGAGAAUUAUCGAUAAAGCCCUAAACAAUUGUAAAAUUAUUAGAAUUAUCAUUUUUUAUAGAAUUACUCAUUUUUAAGGAAGAUGUAUGAAUGAUAUUAUUUUUAAUUUAUUAAAAGAAGGCUUUAAAGAUUUCUGUACUCACUCAAAUACAAAUUCAGCAUUCUUAAAAUUAGAAUUUUAAGCAUUUUAAGAAUAACUUAUAUGUUAAGUGAUUAAUUAAAUAGUAUGGGAUUUUAUGGAAACUCCCAUAUCAAAAUACUCAGAUGUUUAAAUUUAAUUGAAAGAAAAUUAAAAAAAAUUAGAACAAUGGAAAUAAUAUACUAAAACAGUAGUUAAAAAUUAAUAAAUUAUAUUAAACUUAAUUAGGUCUAAAAUAUGUUUAAGUGUUGGUGAAUAUAUUAGUAAAAAUUAAAAUAGUUUAUAAUAAUUAAUAUAAGAAUGUUUAAAUUAAUGGCUAUUAUUCUCUUAAUAUGAAUAAUAAUUUUAUUCAAAAUUAGAUGAUCUUACAACAAUACUAGAAUAACUUUUGAAAUUAGAGGGUAAGGAAAAUCAUUUGUUUAACAUUUUAAUUAUUAUAUACACUAGUAUUAAUGAAGCAAAAGAAGUUAAUAACAUAUAAUUUCCUAAGUUUUGGACUAAUGAACCAGAAUGGUUAAGAUUAAUCAUUAGAUCAUUACCUAAAUUGAAAUAAUUGCCAUAAAUAGAAUUUUUUUCAUUAUUUAAGUUUAUAAUAACAGACAUUUCUACUGUGUUUUAAUUUGAAAGAAAAAUAUCUAAUUUAUAAUUUUAAGUCAUUUAAGUUUUCUCAAAUUUAAUUUCAGAAUAAGAAUUUUAAGAUAUUUUAAUAGAAAAUUAAUUAUAUGAUAUUUUAUUUUAAUGCUAUUUAUAAACUAAUUUAAAAUUAGACAGAGUAUUUGAUUUAAUUUCUUUAAAUGAAGAAUUAUGUCAAAAUUUUAUUAAUUUAUGUUUAGAGCAUGAAAAUCAAAAUAUAUAUCAAGAUUAACAUGAUUUAAAUAGAUCAAAUUAAAAGGAUUAAAAAAAAAGAUUGUAUUAAAUUUUAGAUUAAAUUGAAGAAAAGGGUAAUAAAUUAUAUAAUAAUUAGAUUGUGUUGAUCAAGUAUUACAAUGUUUAACAAAAUAUCCAAAACUUUAUAAUAUUCUAUUAAUUCGAUCAACAAGAUUGGAAGAGAUUAUUAACAUUCCUAUAAUAUCCUAAGGACAUGAUCCAAAUACUAAAUAUUAUAGUUUUCUAGUAGAUACAGGGUGUCAUAUAGUAGAAAGAUAAAAAUCAUAAAUAGAUAUUGAAUAAUGA